CUCUGGGCGGGCUCUAUGGCGCUGGCGGUGGUGCGGCCGCUGGAGGCCCUGCCCGCGGAGCUGCCCCCGGGCGUGGCGGUGCUGCUGGCCCCGGCCCCGCUGGCGGCGCGGCUGCGCGGGGCGGGCGGGCCGGCGCUGGUGCUGGCGGUGCGGCCCGCGGGCCGGCCCGGGGCCCAGCCGGCGCUGCUGAGCGCGGCGGUGGCGGCGGCGGGCGGGCCGGGCCGCGGGGCCGAGCUGUGGCUGCGCGGCGGCUGGCGGCGGCGGCUGGGGCUGGCGGCCGGGCGGCGGGUGGCGCUGUGGCCGGUGCGGCGGCCGCCGGCGCUGGGCUGGGCGCUGCUGGGCGCUGCGGGGCCGGGGGGCCCGGGGGGGCCGGGGCUGGCGCGGCGGGGCGAGGCGCUGCCGGGCGCGGGGCCGCUGGUGCUGGAGGCGCGGCCGGCGCUGCAGGGGCUGCUGGGCGCGGGGACGCGGCUGGCGCUGACCGAGCUGCGGCCGGAGCGCGGGGCCCCGGGGCCGGGGCCGGGGCCGGGGCCGGCGCCGCCGCUGGUGUCCCGGUUCGCGCGGGGGGCGGGGGCCCCGGCCCGGCUGCGGGCGCUGCGCGGGGACCCGGCGCCCUGGGGGCUAGCGGCCGGGGACGGGGCCGGGGCCGGGGCGGGCGCGGCGCUGUGGGUGACCCGGCGCUGCCUGCGCGGCCUCGGCCUCUUCCAGGGCGAGUGGGUGCGGCUGCGGCGGGAGGGCGAGGCCGGGCCCGGCGGGGCGCACCUGGCGGCCGUGCUGGCCCUGCAUCCCCGCUGGGACUUCCCGCAGGAGCCCCGGCAGCCCCCGGAGGGCACGGCCGUCCUCCCGGCCGCGCUGGCCUUCAACCUGGCCUGCGACCCGCUGGGCGGGAGCCACCUGCUCAUCCAGAGGUAUGGGGAAGCUUCUGGUAUGGAAGAGAGACAAGGAAGUCGUUCCUUGCUAUUCACACCACCCUUUGCGAAGGAACUGCACAUCGAGAUUGUCUCCUCACCAGUCUACAGUACCAGAGGAGUCUAUGACAGUAUUCUCCACCAACACUUCCAAACUCCCAGGUUGGUCCAGGAGGGUGAUAUCCUGUGUAUUCCAACAGCUGGACAUCCUGAGUUCUUGGAAGGAAAUUCAGAGAAAUUUCUUAGCUGGCCGGAGCUGUACUUCAAGGUGAAGACGAUUGUAGGAGUGGUGGAAGGAGAGCAGUCUGUGGGGUACCUGGCUGACAUCCAGAACACGUCUCUGUAUCUGAUGGGUUCAACAAACAGCGCUGUGCCAUCUUCCCCAAGCCGUGGUGGCCAUGGGUUUUGGAGCAGCCUGUCUCCUGCCGGGCUCUCUGAUGUGGUGAAGCAGCUCUGUGAUGCUCUCCGGCCUCAUCUGAACAGUAGGGGGACCGCGCUACGUGGAACAGGCAGCAUUCUACUGGCGGGACCCAGUGGUGGGGGGAAACUGACGGCAGUCAGAGCUGUAUGUAGCUGCCUCAAUCUCCACUUGUUCAAGGUGGAUUGCGUUAGUUUGUGUGGAGACACGAGUGGAGCUACAGAGAUGAAGCUGCAAUCUGCCUUUGCACGAGCUGAGCUCUUCCGGCCAUGUGUGCUCCUGCUGAAGGACAUCGAGCUGUUGGGACGAGACCGGGACGGGCUGGGAGAGGACUCCAGAGUCACUGCUACACUAAGGCAACUCCUCCUGGACCGAGAUGCUGGAUCUAGCGGUUACCCAGUCCUGGUGGUUGCCACCACAUGCAGGCCUCAGGACGUCCUGGCUGACGUGCAGACAGCUUUCCUCCACGAGGUGACAGUCCAAGCCCCGUCGGAAGAGCAGCGGAAGGCCAUUCUGAGCACGCUCACUGCCAGCCUUCCGUUGGGCAAGGAAGUGAGCUUGGCCAAACUAGCGCGGAGAAGUGCGGGGUUUGUGCUGGGAGAUUUCUGUGCUUUGCUGGCCCAAGGUGGCCAGGCAGCUUGCACCAGGAUCUUAACCUCAAGUUUCCCAGGGGGGCUGAGUGAGGACGAGGAAAGAGAUUUUUGUGCUGCUGGGUUCCCUGUUCUCGCGGAGGAUUUUAACGUUGCCUUGGAUCAGCUGCAUGAGGCUCAUUCGCAGGCAGUUGGAGCCCCAAAGAUCCCCACGGUCACCUGGCAGGACAUCGGCGGGCUCCAGGAGGUGAAGAAGGAGAUCCUGGACACCAUCCAGCUGCCUCUGGAGCACCCGGAGCUGCUGUCUGUGGGGCUGCGCCGCUCUGGCCUUCUGCUCUACGGGCCUCCUGGGACAGGAAAGACCUUGCUUGCCAAAGCUGUGGCCACUGAGUGCACCAUGACUUUCCUCAGUGUGAAAGGGCCGGAGCUCAUUAACAUGUACGUGGGGCAGAGUGAAGGGAAUGUGCGUGAAGUGUUUACCAGAGCCAGGGCAGCUGCCCCCUGCAUUAUCUUCUUCGAUGAACUGGAUUCCUUGGCACCCAACCGUGGACGGAGCGGAGACUCAGGUGGAGUUAUGGACAGAGUUGUCUCCCAGCUGCUAGCAGAGCUUGAUGGACUUCAUUCCACCAGAGACGUGUUUGUGAUCGGUGCCACCAACAGACCUGACCUCCUGGACCCAGCACUGCUCCGGCCUGGCAGGUUUGACAAGCUGGUCUACGUCGGCAUGAAUGAGGACCGUGAGUCUCAGCUGCGGGUGCUGAGCGCCAUCACCAGGAAGUUCAAACUGGACCCUUCAGUGAGCCUCAACAGUGUCCUGGAUCAGUGCCCUGCACAGCUGACGGGAGCAGAUCUGUAUGCGCUCUGUGCAGACGCCAUGAUGUGUGCCGUCAAACGGAAGGUGGAUUGGAUUGAGGAAGGCCUGGACACGGAGAGUUCAGCUCUAGUUCUGACCAUGGAGGAUUUUGAACAAGCUGCUGCAAGGCUGCAGCCAUCCGUUUCGGAGCAGGAGCUGCUCAAAUACAGAGUGAUCCAGCGGAAGUUUGCUGCCUGCUAGCCUGCAGUGGGAAGGGAAGGGAAGGCGCUCACGAAGCACUAAUACGGAGAAGUCCAAGAGGAUUUGGGACAGCCUUGUGGGCUGGUGACGUGGAGAGGCGGAGGUGUCAUCACCUGCUGGCUCCUGGCCAAGCCUGGCCCCCGUUCAUGGACGUGGCGUGGAUCUGAGGCUUUGGGCAGCACAGCUGGGGUUCAUGUUCCUCUUCUGUCCCAGGCCCCCUCCUCCAACCUCACGUCUUGGGUGCACCACAGCCUGGCCCUCACUCCCACAGCCACCAUCCCGCCUCCAUGACCUGGUGUGUGAGGAAGGGGCUUUAAGCUGAGUUGUGGAUCUCAAGGGAAAGGAGUGCGACCAAAGCCCCUGUGAGACCCUGCACUAGUCAUGGAUGUCCCAUGACCCUGUGCCUUCCACCUGGAGUAAGCAGAGAUCCUGGGCUUGGGGGUGGAUUGUCUCUUCCCCUCUCCCACAGCCUCCCUGGGAUGUGAGUGAAUUAGCAGACGCCGCCUUCUCAGGAUCAGUGUUGUGGUCAGUGCAGGAAAUGGCUUCCCUGCUGCUGGGCUGGGGGCUGCGUUCCAUGCUGUGGAUAAGCUCCAACUCAUGCCCUUCUAGGGCUCCUUCUCAUCUCUCCGAUGGGCUGCCAGGAAGCACAGCAGCUGCUUCUCCCGGGCUGUAUGCCAUGGUGCAGCAUGGCAGGGUCAGUCUCUGUGCGCUGGUGCUGACCUAAGAUCUGAGUUGGAGAGAAACUGGGCUUGGUCUGUUUCACUAAAUUAAAGGAGAGCUGCAGGAGCACCAAGGAAACAUGGAGCUGUAUCUCUCGGCAGUUGCCAUAGCUGGGGGGCUGCAGCAGGGCACUGUCCCAGCUCGGGUGGCAGGGGGUGUAGCGGGGGAGACUAUGAGAGCAAGACAGUUCUGGGAGGAGGUGAGGUAGGAAUGGGGGUUGGUGCAGAUUUGUAAGUGUCAGAAGUGCACUGUUUCAAGCAGAUAUGUCUGAUUCUCCAAAGCUAUCAUGGUGCUGUGCCAAGGAACGGGGCCAGGGUGGUUGUAGACAGCUGGGGGCUCUGGGAGUAGGUCUCGGACUUUUCUCCUGGCGAGAGGGGAAUUCACACCCACAACUCUUCUCCCUGGGUACAGGGCUAGCAUAAAACCUGGCACCACUGAAGGGUGGUCUCGUGGUGGCCCUUGGCAUGGAGGGGAAUCUCAUCCUGAAUGAGAGAGAACUUCCUGUGGUGGGAGGGUCUGCUGCUGCUUUCCCUCCUGGCAUAUGCACUACAGCUAGGGAUGGUGCUUCCGAUCACUCAGGCAGCCACCACCAAGACAGGAGGGGAGCCAAAGCGGCAGGGAGGAAGCAUGGGUCACCUGAGAAGUUUCUGAAUCCCCCUGGUCAGCUCCUAGCGCAUGGGUAGUACACAGGGAAGAGGCCUGGAGCACCUGAAUUGUGUGAGGAUGCGGCUGGCUGCAUGGGCAGGGGGCAGGGGUAUGUACUGUACAUAGGCUCUCUCAAUAAAGGGGGAGUUUCUGGUCUA